CACUUCUUCUUCUCCUCCUCCUCCUCCUCCUCCUCCUCUCCGCGCCUCCAGCAAGAUGACAGCCGGGCGGCAGGAGCGGUGGCGUCGGCGCGGAGGGUCUUCGCUCCGGCUGGUGGCUGCCCUGCCUCCCUCAUUCUCAACACUGAAGCCAGAUUGUUUUAACUAAAGAUGGAAACACUGGAGUCGGAACUGACUUGCCCAAUUUGCCUCGAGUUGUUUGAAGACCCCCUGCUCCUGCCCUGCGCUCACAGCCUCUGCUUCAGCUGCGCCCACCGCAUCCUGGUCUCCAGCUGCGCCUCUGGCGAGCCCCUCGAGCCCAUCACCGCCUUCCAGUGCCCCACCUGUCGCUAUGUCAUCUCCCUCAACCAUCGGGGCCUGGAGGGCCUCAAGCGCAAUGUGACCCUGCAGAACAUCAUUGACCGCUUCCAGAAGGCCUCCCUUAGCGGGCCCAACUCCCCAGGGGAGAACUGCCGCGAGCGGCCCCCGUAUCGCCGCAGCCCCACCAUGUCGACGGCGGGCGACAGGAUAGCUUGCCAGUUCUGCGAACACGACCCCCCGCGCGACGCUGUCAAGACCUGCAUCACCUGCGAGGUGUCCUACUGCGACCGCUGCCUGCGGGCCACGCACCCCAACAAGAAGCCCUUCACCAGCCACCGCUUGGUGGAGCCCGUGCCGGAUGCCCACUUUCGUGGACUGACGUGUCUUGAGCACGAGAACGAGAAGGUGAACAUGUACUGUGUGGCUGAUGACCAGCUCAUCUGUGCCUUAUGCAAACUGGUGGGGCGGCAUCGGGAUCACCAGGUGGCAUCGCUGAGCGACCGGUUCGAAAAACUGAAGCAAACUCUGGAGAUGAACCUCACGAACUUGAUGAAACGCAAUAGUGAGCUAGAAAACCAGAUGGCCAAACUGAUACAGAUCUGCCAGCAAGUAGAGGUGAACACAGCCAUGCAUGAGGCAAAACUGAUGGAAGAGUGCGAUGAGCUGAUGGAAAUCAUCCGCCAGCGCAAGCAAGUGAUUGCUGUGAAGAUCAAGGAAACGAAGGUGAUGAAACUGAGGAAGCUGGCCCAGCAGGUAGCCAACUGCCGACAGUGCCUGGAACGGUCCACCGUCCUCAUCAACCAAGCCGAGCAUAUCCUGAAGGAGAACGAUCAUGCGCGGUUCCUGCAAACAGCAAAAAAUGUGGCAGAAAGGGUCGCCAUGGCAACUGCAUCCUCUCAAGUUUUGAUACCCGAUAUCAAUUUUAACGAUGCCUUUGAAAACUUUGCUUUAGAUUUUUCCAGAGAGAAGAAACUGCUGGAGGGGCUGGAUUAUCUCACAGCACCCAACCCGCCAUCUGUCCGCGAAGAACUUUGUACUGCCUCCCACGACACCAUCACGGUCCACUGGAUCUCGGACGAUGAGUUCUGUGUCAGCUCCUAUGAGCUCCAGUACACCAUCUUCACCGGGCAGGCCAACUUCAUUAGUUUAUACAAUUCCAUGGACAGUUGGAUGAUUGUCCCCAACAUUAAGCAGAAUCACUACACGGUGCAUGGGCUGCAGAGUGGCACGCGAUACAUCUUCCUUGUCAAGGCAAUAAACCAGGCUGGCAGCCGGAACAGUGACCCCGCCAGGCUCAAGACUAACAGCCAACCCUUCAAGCUGGACCCCAAAAUGGCUCACAAGAAACUAAAAAUCUCCAAUGAUGGACUGCAAAUGGAGAAAGAUGAGAGCUCUCUGAAAAAGAGCCACACGCCGGAGAGGUUCAGUGGCACAGGGUGCUACGGUGCCGCGGGCAACGUCUUCAUCGACAGCGGUUGCCAUUACUGGGAGGUAACGCUGGGCUCCUCCACUUGGUAUGCUAUUGGCAUUGCCUACAAAUCAGCCCCAAAGAAUGAAUGGAUCGGCAAGAAUUCCUCCUCCUGGGUCUUCUCUCGUUGCAACAACAACUUUGUCGUGCGGCACAACAACAAGGAGAUGCUGGUGGACGUUCACCCGCAGAUGAAGCGCCUGGGCAUUCUCCUGGACUAUGACAACAACGUCCUCUCCUUCUACGACCCGGCCAACUCCCUCCACCUCCACACCUUUGAGAUUUCUUUCAUCCUGCCCGUCUGCCCCACCUUCACCAUUUGGAACAAAUCUUUAAUGAUUGCUUCGGGUUUGCCCGCCCCGGACUUUAUAGACUACCCUGAGACGCAAGAAUGCAACUGCCGGCCGCCACAAGAGUCCCCCUAUGUAUCAGGAAUGAAAACUCUUCAUUGAGGGGCAAGGGAGCCCCUCUCCCCUUCCAGCCAAGCCUCAGGAACUUCUGCACAGCUAGACUGGAAGGUGACUUGCCACGUCCGGCUAGUUGGUUGUCCCAAGGAAAGCGCACCUUUGGUAGCACAGGCCGCCAGAGGAGUGUCUGCGUGUGUAUGUCUGUCUGUCUGUCUGUGGAGAGGGGUUGUUUCACGGACUAUUUUUUUUUUAUUUUGAUAGCACUACUGAAUUUUCUCAGAUGGAAUGGGCACGUCCUGUCCAUUUCCUGGUGGGGAAAGGGGCAUCACGGCAGGGAGUUGGGGAGGUUGUUCCUUCGGAGGUUGAUACAGUCGGAGUUUUCUACUAUUUGGGAGGGAGAGAAGCAACUUGCGUGAGAUGUUUGUGGACCCAAUUACGGUUCCACCAGCCAUUCGGAGUCAGGGCUGCCUGGAAGAUACAGGACUGUCCCACAUCAUAGCAAAUAUCCAUUUGCAUGGGUCUUCGUUCUUUUGUUUUUAGUCCUCUACACAUUUUCUCCAUGUGCAGAGAAGUGGCGUAUUUUGAAGUUCAGGCACAGACGACAAGAGUCCCGUAGACAUCCCUCUCAUCUCCUCAAAAUGCAAACUUCCUGGUUGAUUUGGCCAUUUUUAAUCUCACCACAAAAGAGAUCUUGGUUGACAAUUCAAGACGAAGCCAUUUGAAAACACAAGAGGAGUUGUCGAAGGCUUUCAUGGCUGGAAUCACUGGGUUGUUGUAGGUUUUUCGGGUUAUAUGGCCAUGUUCUAGAGGCAUUCUCUCCUGACGUUUCGCCUGCAUCUAUGGCAAGCAUCCUCAGAGGUAGUGAGGUCUUCACAACCUCAGAGGCCUCACAACCUCUGAGGAUGCUUGCCACAGAUGCAGGCGAAACGUCAGGAGAGAAUGCCUCUAGAACAUGGCCGUAUAACCUGAAAAACCUACAACAAUAACAGGAGUUGCUCAUGAGAUUACAUUGUUAUGAGGGGAAUCCAUUUCCCUAUGCCGCUCUUGCUGCUGUUAGGACAGCGGAUCAUACAAUUGUAGAGUUGGAAGAGAUCUCACGGGCCAGCCAGUCCAACCCCAUUUUGCCAAAAAUCACAUUUCUAGCACCCCCAACAGAUGGCCUUCCAGCCUCUGUUUGAAAGCCUCCAAAGAAGGAGCCUCCACUACACUCCGAGGCAGAGAAUUCCACUGCUGAACAGCUCUUUCUCACUGUUAGGAGGUUCUUCCUUAUGUUCAGGUGGAAUCUCCUUUCCUGUAGUUUGAAGCCAUUGUUCUGUGAAAGGGACAGGAGGACCAGAGUAGGAUGGCACAUGAUGAUAUUAUUUUUUUGAUAAAGAUGCUCCAUGCUUCAACUCUUUGCUACAACUUGGCAGAGAGGAGGAUGGCAUGACAUGUCCCACAAGCAUUGCAUGCCCAACCAGCUCUGCCUCCUGCACAUGCAAUGCAAUGUUUGCUAACUGGAGUUCACACAUAAUCAGCAGGAGGCACAUUGUUUUGCUUUUGGAUUCCAAAGAUGGAUAGCGUGGCCAUCAAGUAACAGGAAAGCAAUAGCUGCUGACCUAUCAGAAAAGGUGUUCCAAAUAAUGCAAGGUCCUGAAGAGGCCAAGGAAUUGUGGUAGGAAUGUCGGGGAAACAUUGGGGAGCAAACACAUAUAAGUAUAUCCCAGUCCUCCCAUUGGCAGGGCUGCUGCAGUUGAAGCUGAUGUGGUUCUAAAGUCAGCCCAGAGACAGUGUCCUGGCAUCACCCCUCAUGACCCAGGAGCCCCCAGUGGUGCAAUGGAGGCAAGACUGCUGACCGAAAGGUUGACGGUUCAAAUCUGGGGAGUUGAGUGAGCUCCCAUGUGUCAGCUCCAGCUUUUCAUACGGGGACAUGAGAGAAACCUCCCAUAGGAUGGUAAAACAUCCAGGUGUUCCCUGGGCAUCAUCCUUGCAAACAGCUAAUUCUCUCACACCAGAAGCAACUUGCAGUUUCUCAAGUCACUCCUGACAUGAAAAAAAACCCCUAAUGACCCAACUGAGUUGUUUUGCACUGCCCUGCCUUUGCUUUGCUGUCCAAGCUGCACCAAUUAGAGCUGUCAGCCCGGAGCCCUCUUGCUAUCCCGUCCUCCUCCUUCCCUCACCUGUCACAUCACGCCACCCGCACGGCUGCUCUGGGGCGGCCCUUGGCCUCCCUUUGGGGCUGUCAGUAGUGAAGGAGUUCAUGAACCUCAUAGAGGCGGGACGGGGAGGCAGCCAGUUUCAGCUCAUGCAGAAUGCAAAAGCAAUGCUUCUCAUCAGCUUGGAAAGGCCUUCGCUAAAAGCACCAGGGUGAUAAUAUGAUACUUCCUUGCAGGGGCAGAAAAUCAGAAAAAGCCAAAGUCCUGCCCUAGCACAAGCUGUGUAACAUAACAGUUUUAAUAAAAAUAGGUAAGAGGUUGCAGCUGCAAGUAAAUGCUAGUUUCUCAUCAUGGCCUGUGUACCUAUGUCUUUGGGAAUGAAAAAAAAACAUAUUAGAAACACGCUAGUGAGAAGGAAUUAAUUCAGUAUAUGAGUCUAUCACGGGCAUAAACUAGACAUAAAGACCUGUCUAUCUUUUUAAUCCAAACCAUCUCAAUCUGAGCAAUCUGUGGGUUUAUUCUGUAGGAUUUAGGCCACUGCUGGGUUGUGGGGAGUUGUAGCCCCUCACAUUUGGUGCCUCCAGGAUGAGGAAGACUUCAAGAACCCUUGGAGCACAACUUUAAUGUGAUGUUUAAUGUAUUUCUGCAAGCCUAAAGUGUCUCUUCUACAGUAAUGGAAAGGAAGAUGUCGCAUUUGGUAUGGCUGGACUAGGGCCUGUGCGGGGGCGCCUCAAGAGCGGGAUUUGUGCUAUACGCAAAUGCGUAACUUGCCUAUUGCUUCAGCCGCCCCUGCUGGAUGGCAAUCCUUAUCGUUGCGGUCCAACUAACAACAAUGUCCAUUUCCUUGGCUUUGGUGACUAGCACACAAGCCGCUCUUAUGUACUGUACUUCCAACCAGGUGGAGGAAAGGAUAGUAACAAGCUAAGUAUCUAUAUUAAAAUGCCACCCCGUGUAACUGUAUCCAUGUCCUCCUUUUGCUCCAUCGUUCACAGAUAGUGUAGCCUAUGCUACAUGGACCAAGUUGGCUCCAUCUCUACCAAUCUUAACAGGGAAAUGCUCAGUGGAGAAACAUCUCCCGGCAUGAAGAGGUUCUGCAUUUGAGACAGAAACUCUGGUGACUUGGCCAUAUGGUGCCAACCCCCCUGUGUUGAGCUUCCAUGUGCCAAACAGAAUGAUGGGAUGUCACUGCAGGGAAAGGACUUAACCCCCCAGGAGAUCAAGCAAUUUGUAGCACAGCCUUUAGUAAACAAUUUAGCUGGCAGAAACAGAGUACUGUUAAAUGGUGAGUGCUCCACGUUUCCUACAGCUAUACCAUACUAUUUCCCUCCCUGUCUACUUUGCAGAGGUCGAAGAGGGGAAAGAACCUCAGUGGGAAGCCUUGUGGGUCACUCUUCCCACUGGAGAGGUGUCUUGGUUCUUCAGGACCCCCGCAAAGCCAUGCCUGGCUGUUUGUAUCAUACUGAUUGCAUUUUAUCUGAUUUUGGGGAUGUGGUGAGCUUUUCGUUUCCGUGAGACCCGUCAGCUUUCUUUUCCUAUGUAUCAUAAUCGGUUUUGCAACUUCUUUGUUAAUGUGUAUAUAUAAAUAUAUAAAUAUAUAUACAUAAAAUAUAAUAUAUAUGUAUACAUUC